UCGCUCUCUCAGGCAUCGGAUGAGACCGUUUGGCGAAGAUGGCGGACUCGCUGUCGUCAGGCAUAGGAGAGGAGCAGGAGAAGGAAAAGGAGGACACGGAGAAGGGGGGGAAGGCUUCGAAGACAGAAAAGAACGAGGAGAGAGACGGUGUUACGGAGACAUUGGGGUUUCACGAUAAAAAUGCAGGCAGUAAGAGCAAGGAGCGCAACCUGUCAGACUUGUCUCUGGUCAGAUUUAUAACCACUGAGCUGACUAGAGGAUACUUCCUGGAACACAAUGAGGCCAAAUACACCGAGCGCAGAGAGCGGGUCUACACCUGCCUCCGCAUCCCCAAGGAGCUGGAGAAGUUGAUGACAUUCGGCUUCUUCCUCUGUCUGGAUGCCUUCCUCUAUGUGUUCACCCUGCUGCCCCUCAGGGUGAUUCUGGCCCUUCUACGACUCAUCACGUUGCCUUGCUGUGGCCUCAGUGGCUCCCGCCUGCUGCAGCCGGCUCAGGUGUGUGAUGUGCUGAAGGGCUUCAUCAUGGUGCUGUGUUACUCCAUGAUGAGCUACGUGGAUUACUCCAUGAUGUACCACCUUAUCAGGGGACAGUCUGUCAUCAAACUGUACAUCAUAUACAACAUGUUAGAGGUGGCGGACCGGCUGUUCUCCUCAUUUGGUCAGGACAUCCUGGACGCUCUGUACUGGACAGCCACCGAACCCAAAGAGAAGAAGAGAGCGCACAUAGGCGUGAUCCCUCACUUCCUCAUGGCUGUGCUCUACGUCUUUCUUCAUGCCAUCCUCAUCAUGGUUCAGGCCACCACUCUAAACGUCGCCUUCAACUCCCACAACAAGUCCUUGCUUACUAUUAUGAUGUCAAACAACUUUGUGGAAAUCAAAGGAAGCGUGUUCAAGAAGUUUGAGAAGAACAACCUUUUCCAGAUGUCCAACAGUGACAUAAAAGAGAGGUUCACCAACUACAUCCUCCUGCUCAUCGUCUGUCUGAGAAACAUGGAGCAGUUCUCAUGGAACCCUGACCACUUGUGGGUGCUGUUUCCUGAUGUAAUCAUGGUGAUAGCCUCAGAGGUCACUGUGGACGUUGUGAAGCACGCCUUCAUCACCAAAUUCAACGACAUCAGUGCUGACGUCUACGGAGAAUACAGAGCCAGCCUUGCCUUUGACCUGGUCAGCAGUCGACAGAAAAACGCUUACACGGACUACAGUGACUCGGUAUCCAGAAGAAUGGGCUUCAUCCCCCUUCCUCUAGCUCUGCUGUUGAUCAGAGUAGUAACCAGCUCAGUGAAGAUCCAGGGUUCGCUCUCCUUUAUGUGUGUGCUGCUGUUUUAUCUGGGGAUGAUCACUCUGAAGGUGCUCAACAGUAUCGUUUUGCUCGGGACAUCGUGUGCGUUUGUCAAAGCGGCCAACAUGGAGGAGAAGCUCUUUGACCCUCCACCCUCAGUUGUCUCCAGCCGUGCAAACUCCAGAGCUCACCGGACCAAGCACGACUCCACUUCACCGCAGAAAGAACCUUCAGCCGACAAAAGCAAGGUACCGCCGACGGCAGACAGUUCUCCACCCGCCAACAUGGAUGAGCGCUCCGCCCCGACACUCCCCAUGAGCGACCCGGACACGUUCCUGACCACGCCGGACGAGGGGGACGAGGACAAAAUCAUCAACGCCAACACCGGACUGGAAGGGGACCGACUCGAACACAGAACGCCCAAGAAAGAUUUGCUGGAAAUAGACCGGUUCACCAUCUGUGGCAACCGAAUAGACUAGAAGGACACACGAACUGACCAUUCGCCGUGUCCUGGCUCAACAGCCAGGUUCAGGGGUCGGACGCGGGUUGUGGCGCGCGCUAAGAGCCGGCAUCGUUUUGUGCACCCGAUCCCCCCCCCUGCGCCCCCCCGGAGUAUUUAUUUAUUUAUUUGUUACUGACAAAACCAGCCGAGGCAUAAAGCUGUUACUACAAACGUCAGAGGUCCCUUUGGAUGUUUCCAUCGGGUACCGUCGGUACCUCGGGGGAACCAGGUAGACUCCACGGACGAGUCUCGCUUAUUGCGACGUUUGUGAGAAAACCGGCAUGCAGAUCUGGGGCAGAAAACUGCACAUUUUAAAUUAGGGGUGGGAAUCUCUUGGCACCUCACGAUUCGAUUCCGAUUCAGAGGUCAACGAUUCCAUUCUAAACCGAUUAUCGAUUCUAAACUGAUAAAACGAUUAUCGAUGCAUCUUGAUUUUCUAAAUUUUCUCAAAUCUGAGUUUGCUACUCAGAGGUUGCUAAUCACUUCCGACUUUAUUUGAUAAUCAAAGCAAAUCAACAGAUGAAUUACCUUCUCUAAUUUUUUUUUUUAAUUCCGAUUAUUAACUUUUCUGAAUCGAGACCGAAUCGUUCUAGAGAGAUUUUGAAAAAUCUAUUUUUUCCCCCACCCCUAUUUUAAAUAGUAGGAAAGUGGGUGGCUGCGUAAACGGCAGCUGGACUGGAGUAUUCAAAAGGCAAGCUUAUGUAUGUACAGGGAAACGUUGUUUUUAAAAAGAACAAAAGUUGUCGAAUUUCUUUUUUUACUUUUUUUAUUUUACUUCAAAAGCCUAAAAGGUUCAGGUAUUUAAAAUGAAGUUUUUUAAUGAAGAAUCUUAAAUCUUUUUGCUAAAAUCGACGUGCAGGUAAACAACCGACAUACUUGGAGCGCGGACGAGGCUCAUCUCUAUUUUUACACAACUGGUCCAUUUUUUUCUUUUUGUAACAUGGCUAAAAAUACUACUUUAAACAAAAAAAAAAAACACAUUUGUUGUUUUUAAAAAUCCACUCUGUGGCUGUUUUUAGAUUUCACGUUAUAAAUAAAUCAAUUAAAUCAUUCCAGGCAAUGCAUUUAGGACCAGUUAAUGUAGCGUAGACGCUCUCAAACCCUGAAUAAUCAACUGCAUUUGUGCAAACAGUGCAGUUUGCGUGUGACGCGGCCGCGCUCCGUGUGUUUCGGCUAAUAGAGAAGACGUUGCCUGUUUGUAAAGACGCAAGUAUUUAUUUUGAAGUGGACUCCCAAGACAGAAAGGUUUGGAUGUUGUUUCUUUUUUUAUGCGAAUGUCUUUAUUAUAUUGCUUCAUCUCUUCGCUCAGCGUGUUCUCGAUCUCAUUUGAAAUGCAGGGUGCGAGGCACCAGCAUAGCAGCUUCAAUGUCACUUGUUCUUUGUUUCCUUACCGCUAUAUUGACAGUGAAGUGAGAAAUGAUUCUGAUUCGAUGAAGAAAGGUAAAAUGUUAAAGGAUACCUGAAGACACAGUGAUGACAAAGGCCACUAAAUAACAGGAAGCUUAAAGGAGGGUCAUACAACACUGUGUGAACCCAGAGUUUGUUGUUUGUCCCCCAGCAAGAGGCACAGAAAAGCAAAGUUUGUUCUUGAACAACAAGACCAACAAGUAUGCUGGCAUUGUUCACUGAGGCUGCUUUGGUUAUCGGGAGAAGCUCUCUCCAGACCCUCGUGUACCCAACAGUCCUCUGAUGCUGCAGCUGGAGGCGCUGUUUGACUAAAGUGUCUGGCCCGGAGAGCAAGGAGUCACAUGACCUUGGAAAAAAGCCCAAAUGAGUCCAACCUGCUCCCAAGUACUCUCUCGCCAUUUCCCCAUUUUGUCAGAAAUUGAGUCAUAGUGCUCGCAAAAAUAUUCUAUUUCGUGAAAAAGAAAUAGCCUGUGAUCUUUGAAAAUACCUGGAAGGAUUUUUUUAAUAACACUUCUGCUCUGAAGAUGAGGAACGGCAACUUCAGCAAUGGAUUAAAUAGGCAUUUAAAAAAAUAAAGUGUGUGUGUGUGUGUGUGUUUUGAGAGAGAGAAUGUGCAGUGUAUGAAUGGAUCUCACUACCUGAAGACGCAUUAUAUGUAUCAAUGGGAUAUUUCAUUGUUUCAUGUACAUCCCAUUUAUGUAACAUAUUUCCUACAUGAUAGCCUGAGAAUAAACGAAAACAAGAUUUUUUUUUA